AUGGCACGGUUCUUUGCUGGGCUUGUCUAUCAGGCACACUUCAUUGGUGCGGAGCUGGACGAGGCUACGCGCAUGCGCAUGCAGCAGCGUGAGUACUAUCUGAGCUGGAAAAUGAUUCAGAUGCUGCAGGACCUGCAGGGGCAGAGGAUCCAGCUGCAGACGAUCCAGGAGCAGAGCGCCUUUGCCUGGGGAGCCCUGCUCUGCACUGCCUUGCAGCAAUGGCAGUUCUGGGUCAUUGCUGCAGUCCUGGUCCUCCUCUGCGAGCUCUGCUGGUGGCUCAGCAGAAGGAGCCAUCAGCCAGCCAGCAGCAGCAAGCACAGUGGGUCCAGACGCCUUGAGAAGGAGGAGGAGGAAGGCUCAUUACAUAUGGACAGCUUUCUGGAUGAGUACAUGUCGUGGCGGGUGCCGAAGAGGAAAGUAGCAUGCAGGGUGGUGGAAACCCUGGCAAAAGAGCUUAUCCGUGUCUGCCAAAAGCUCUCCAAGAACGACUUCAUGCCGCGGCUGCAGGCACCUGUCGGGUUGGGCAGCUUCCAAGUCAUGGAUCCCCAAGGAGACAAGCAUUAUGUCUAUCGCCUGCUUGUGCCCCUGGAGCCACCACCCGGGCACUCCUUCCACCUGGAGCUGAGCACCGAAGGCGAGAUGCCGGUGAGGAACUCCCGCCUGCGUGUGCAGUUGGAGUGCACGUGCAGUGAGGAUCAGCAGCCGGGGUACAUGCUCUGCGGAGGGCGGUCUUACCAGCAGCACGAGGUGGCCGAAGGCAGAGAGCGAGCCAACGAGAGAGCGCGAGGUGGCGGAAGAGUCUGCUCGCUGCAAGGAGGUUUGCGACAGAGACCGCGUUAG